GUCCGGGCUUUCGCCAUUCACUUCAGUCAUGUACUUUCUCGGUCACUAUCCGAACUCCCAAACUCACCUUGAACCAUAAUCGCCAAACCUUUGCGCAUGUCUUUCUUUGAGAAUGUCCUUGCGAAUUAAAAAUGUCGGUUGUUUAUAGAUACAGACCUAGGGCACUCUGCGUUGGCCUCACACCAUGUUCCACGGCACGGUCACGUCCCUCCCAGGUGUCCACAGCACGGAAAUGUCGAUUUGGGCCAAGUCGACAUUUCCAUGCAUCGCCAUGUCGGAGUCGGAUACUGAAAUUGAGCAAGAUGAGCAAAGAUGAAAUUGCCAGUCUCAAGGUCAACCAAGAACGAAUGAUGAAGACGCUCCACGAUACCUGCGCCUGGGGCACAGGGAAACGCUGGGGAAGCGGCCCGACAGAGACGGGCAUGUCGCGCCUCGCCCUCUCAGACUCUGACAAGCAGGUGCGCGACUGGUUCGUCGAGACCGUCAAAGACCUCGGCUGUACUGUCAAGGUCGACUCGAUGGGCAACAUCUUUGCCAGCAGGCAAUGCCGUCCUGGUUAUCACUGGGCGACCACUUUUGCGGGGUCGCAUCUGGACACGCAGCCAACCGGGGGAAGGUACGACGGCAUCCUUGGAAUAAUGGCCGGCAUCGAAAUGUUGCGGGUGCUGAAAGAGAACAAAAUUGAGACUAAUUUUCCGGUUGGGGUUGUCAACUGGACCAAUGAGGAAGGAGCCCGGUUCCCCGUGAGUAUGGUCGCCUCUGGAGCUUGGGCCGAGGUCUUCGAUCUAGACCAAGCCCACAAUCUGCAAGAAGUCGGCGACGGUAAGGCUACGAUGAGGUCGGAGCUUCAAAGAAUUGGUUACCUGGGCGAAAUCCCUUCCAGCUUCGCCAGUGUUCCGAUGGCGGCCCAUUUCGAGCUGCAUAUCGAACAAGGCCCGAUAUUAGAGGCAAACAACCUCAAGAUUGGUGUUGUCCAGGGUGUACAGGCAUAUAGGUGGUUUACCGUUGAGAUUAAUGGUCGCGAUGCACACACGGGCACGACGCCAUUUUCUGCAAGAGCCGAUGCCAUGCUCUUGGCUUCUCGCUUCAUCGUCCACUCGCAUGCGCUGGCUACUUCCCACGGAGCCCUUGCGUCCACCGGAAUCGUUGAACUGGAGCCUGGUUCUGUAAAUACCAUCCCGGGCCAUGUCCGCGUGAGCUUGGAUAUUCGUGCGCCUCAGGACUCAACCCUGGACGCCCUGGAAGCAGAUCUCAAACGAGACUUUGAUCUGCUGUCCAAGGGUAUUGAUCCUCCUGGAUCCAAAUCACAGCUUCUCGCCGGAGCAACCCCUGGGAGGAACGAUGCAUUCUCAAUUACUUGGAAGACGGACAGCGUCUCGGAAGCAACCAAAUUUCACCCAGACUGUAUUGAAACUGUGCGAGCCUCAGCCAUGUCUGUGCUUGAAGCGAGGGGCCUCGAGAACCCCCAAGGCUUGAUCCGAGAUAUGACGAGCGGCGCGGGCCACGACACGGUAUUUGCAAGCCGAAGAUGUCCGGCAAGCAUGAUAUUUGUCCCAUGCCGGGAUGGUGUCAGUCACAACCCCGAAGAAUAUACUAGUCCCGAGGACUGUGCCUUGGGAGCCGAUGUAUUACUGCAAAGCAUCUUGCGUUAUGAUCUCUUGAGGUCUGAAAGAGAACGCACACGGUUAUGAGCAACAGGUUGGAGAUGCUAUCAUCAGAAGCAGAUUAAUGAAAGGAAUUGAAAUGAUGGCUCCAUACCGGCCUCGCAGUCAGUGGAAUAUCAGCCGAUGAUAGAAGCAGGUCUCUAUACAGCGAUCUGGAAUCAACCAUGGAUAGUGGAUGAAUAAAGACGAUAGCAAACCGACGUGCCACUCAUCUCCACCACUCAGUCUCCAUGUGCAGCAACAAGAGAAUUUGCGGCCCAUCUCCUGAAAUAUGCCAAGCCGUGUCACGUCCGGAUCCUAGAUGAGGCCUAGACCCUGAUGAAAGUGCGUUGUGGCUUUUGUUCUGGAUGUAUCUGGGCAAACAUCUUCGGAUCUUUGAGGGAUCGUUCCGAGCUCGUGUAUCCAUGUAAUGUUGGUUGGGCAGCAAAAGAGAGAUCUAGGCUCCAGUUUGACUUGUCUGAUUACUUGCCGCCGAAAAUAUCGAUGUAUAGCACGCCCUCCUGCAGCGCAAAUUAAGUGUGCAGAUGAAAGACUGUUAGAUGAAGUGAUAAAUAUUCUACCCUCUCUACCGGUAGUUGGUGGUUGGUAUUGAGACUAAUGUACGAUAAAUGACAAUGGAUCGCAAUGAUGUGAUCGAUUGGCCCCAUCCGG